AGUUGACUAAUAGCUAAUAGCUCUUUUGUCAGCUCUUUCGUACCUAACUAGGGUUUUUGUUUGGCUAUAGAAUUCCCCGGUGACCAUGCUUUGGGGCUCAAACUCAAUUCCUCAGUCAAUUGGCGCUGGAACUUCGGCUACUUUAGCCAAAAAACGCAGUUUCGACUCAUCAAGAUUCAAUCUAUUUGUGGGGUGCCCGCCGGUUGACAUCUCUUCUAAUUCGUCGAUACGAGAAGCAAAUUGUUGUGUGAAGGAAUCAAUAUCUCGACAUAAGCCAAGAGAAGACACCGUCCUCUGCGAAGAAAAUUCAAAAAUAUUCAGAAACAAUCGUUUGAAGAGAGUGAGAUGGGUUGGAGAGGGAUUCUGGGUUUUGAGUUUGGAAUUGUUCAGGCACCUCUCGGACCUGACAUUUCUGGCCCGGAGCUUGUAGCGGCUGUGGCUAAUGCUGGUGGAAUUGGUCUCCUUAGAGCUCCUGACUGGGAGUCCCCUGAUUAUGUGAGAGAACUAAUAAGGAAGACUCGAGCAUUAACAGACAAACCAUUUGGGAUUGGUGUUGUCCUUGCAUUUCCCCAUAGGGAAAAUUUAACGGCAAUACUAGAUGAAAAAGUAGCAAUAUUGCAAGUUUACUGGGGUGAAUGUUCAAGGGAGCUUGUGCUUGAAGCUCAUCAUGCUGGAGUUAAAGUUGUUCCCCAAGUUGGGAGUUUUGAAGAAGCCGAAAGAGCAAUCAGUGCAGGUGUCGAUGCAAUUAUCGUCCAAGGACGAGAAGCAGGAGGGCAUGUAAUUGGUCAGGAUAGUUUAGUGUCACUGGUGCCGAGGAUAGUAGAUCUUGUUGCGGAUAAAGAUAUUCCUGUUAUCGCUUCUGGGGGUAUUGUAGAUGCGCGUGGUUAUGUUGCUGCCUUGGCACUUGGUGCUCAAGGUAUCAGCCUCGGCACCAGGUUUCUUGCAACUCAUGAAAGUUAUGCUCAUCCUGUAUACAAGAGGAAGCUGGUUGAACUGGACAAUACUGAGUACACAGAUAUAUUUGGCAGAGCAAGAUGGCCUGGUGCACCACAUCGCGUGCUACAGACACCUUUUUUCACUGCUUGGAAGUCCCUUCCUCCUCAUGAAAACGAAGCUAACCAGCCUAUUAUCGGACAGUCAGUGAUUCAUGCCCUGGAAAAAGAAAUUCGUCGUUUUGCGGGUACUGUUCCGAAUUUGACUACCACGGGUGAUAUUGAAAGCAUGGUGAUGUAUGCCGGCCAAAGUGUGAGCCUUAUAAAGGAAAUUCUUCCUGCUGGAGAAGUUGUGAAGAUGCUCGCUGAUGGAGCUAAACGUGUGAUUCAAGAUAAAUUUUGUGCCAUCUGAUAUGCACCCAAACAAGGUAUUCGAAUCGUAUCCUUGUUGGUUACACUGGCUCCAAGGGAUAUGUAUAUAUAUGUGAUACUGUAGAAAUCUGAGGAUAGUUAUCAGAAUGGAAUACAGGACCUUGAUGGAAAGGUAGAAUAAAGUUCUGUGGAUGUGUAUAUGAUGGUUGGGACAACUCUGCAAGUUAUCCACAAAGCUUUUUUAUUAAGGUUGUAGAAGCAUGCUAUAAUCUCAACCUUACUGGUUAACUUUGUGAUCUUUGAUCAGUUCUACCUUAAUAAGAAGCAUGCUAUAAUGUAAAACCUUACUAGUUAAUUAUGAUCUCUGCUUAGUUCUGACUUCAUGUCAA